AUGCAGGGUGGCAGGAAAGCCUUCGGCAGCCUCUGCCCCAACAGGGUGCAGGACCUGGCGGGCCGGCUGGGCAGGAAGCCGGGCAGGAAGGUGCGGGGCCCGAGGGCAGGGGCCGGCCCGGCGCCCGGGUGCGUGCCCGCGCGCCCCCCCCAGCACGCGCCCGCGCCCGCGCCCCCGCGGGUCGGCCCCGUCGCGGUGUACGCGGAGCCGCCCGCCGACGCCGUGGAUGCGGGUGAGUCGGGCGGCAGCGGGGCAGGGGCCGAGCAGCGCCCGCGGGGCCGCCUCCCGGGCCGGGCUCAGCCCGCUCCUCUCGCUCUCCCCGCAGCGCUCGCCGCCAUCGACUGGCAGGACCUGGCGGACUGCACCUCGCUGCUACAGCGGGAGGCGUCGGGCGCGGCGGCCGCGCAGCAGGCUCCCUGCCUGCAGCCCGAGCUCAGCUUCGACUUCCAGGAGUUCAGAGAUGCUGUCAGCACUUUCCUUCCUGACCCUACUGACCUGAUGCCACCUCCACUGGAUGCUGCUGGGUUCAGCUUCCCACUGAGUGAUGGAUCUGCCUUCAGCCCCUGCCUUCAGACUGCGCCAGGUGCCUCCAUCCCGCAACCCAGCCUACCGGGUGCUGCCCCGGCAGAGCAGUACUGGAAGGAGGUGGCAGACCACAACCAGAGAGCGCUGGGAGAUGCGCUGGUGGAAAACAGCCAGCUCCACGUCACCUUAUCCCAGAAGCAAGAGGAGAUCACAUCCCUGAAGGAGAAGAACGUGCAGCUGAAGGAGUUGGCUAGCCAGGCCAAGCAGCUGGCCUCAGUGCUUAAUAGACUGUUGGUCCAGCAGGCCCAGGAAGCACCAGAUGCUUCCCACCCUAAGGGAUCAGUGAAGAGGAGCCUGGAGGACCUGUUUGCCACCGGCCAGGAGGGCUGCGAGGGGGUAGACGAGAUCCUGCAGGAGAUCUCAGACAAGUGCCAUGCUGCCCUGCAGACGCUUGAUGAGAGCAAGGAUAUGAAGCGUCUACGGCUCCAGGUUGAGGAGUGCCAGGCCAUCCCUCUGCAUGGAGCCUUCAACGGGCUGGAGACAUGUUGCAGCCAGAGCUCUGUGGAGCUGGGUGACAGUGAGCUGGAGGAAGGCUUAGCUUUCAGGACCUCCAUCAAGGAGCAUGGCACAAUCCGGACCCUGGCAUUCCCUCAGGGCAAUGCUUUCACAAUCAGGACAGCAACUGGGGGCUACAAGUUCAGAUGGGUCCCCAGCUGAACCGGGAAAGGAUCAGCUAACUACACUGGCCAAGCCCCACUGAAGGCUUUGCACUGCCUGCACUUACACUGGCUGGGCCCAGCCAGGCCAUGGAGUUUUCUCUCCCAGUGCUGCCUGCAGUGAGGGUGAGUUUAAGCGUUUCAUUGGAAGCCUCUGAGGAAAAAUUUGGAUGCUUUUUAAAAAAAUAAAAUAAAGCUGGGCUGUGA